AUGACCUCCAGGUCUCCAACAGCAGCGACGCCGCUGCCAAAAUCCUCAGCUGCGCCCCAGAGUCCUUUGAAAAACGCGUCCGAGGCCCCGGACACAGUGCCCUUCCCUCCACCCCAGACCUUUGAGAUCAUCCCAUCCCUGCACGGCAUCUUACUUCGUUUGCUGUCUCCCAAGCCCGCGCAGACUGGGCCAAGCGUCCCUGGAGAGACAACAGGAGCUCCGGGGUCCUCGGUGGACGCACAGGCACAGCAACAGCAAGCGCCUUCAAGCAUCGCUGGCGGUGAUACCACCAACCUCGCAACCUCGCAAGCUAUCCCAGAAGUCCCUGUCCAUGAUUCCAAUGGCCUCCCCCUCUCGAUGUCAAAGAUCUUCCUACCGCAACAAGCUCGGUCAGAAUUCGGAUACAAAAGGCGCGGGCGGUGGUGGAAGCUCUCCCCGACGUGGACCGGUCCGUGGAAGAGCAACAGCAAGAGAUUGCAGAGCUUGAGGACCGUGUUUCUCGCCUGCGCUCGGUGA